AUGGCCCGUCGCUGGGCAUCGCCCCGCAGAGUACCUCUUAGUGCCAGGGCUAUCCGGAGCAGUGCUGAUUGGCCGGUGGUGCAUCGAAAGCCUCAUUCAGCACGGCGCUUCGUCGCAGCCGCAGCGAACGACUCCAACGAUAUUUCUGAUGAUAGUGGCGAGGAAGAGCCUGCAGCCUUGGAGGAAUGUGUCACUGACUGUCGGAUAGUGGCGCGAAUUUUGCGCAGCACUGGACUUCGUGGCCUUGUGGCCGGGCCUAUGGGUGCAGGCCUGGUCACAUCAAGGAUUGCUGGCUUUGGCAAGGGCGUCUCGCCGUCGACUCGUAUUGAGCACUGCGUCGCCGUCGCUCUGAACGAAGCGGAUGUUCGCACCGAGGGCGGCCGCUUCUUUGUAUUGACGGCAGCACAUGAUGGCUUCAACCUGACCUGGGUUCCGUCGGUUUCGGCGCGAGAAGGGCUGCGACAAGCUGACCAGGCGCCCUCCGAGGGCUGGUUGCAGGUGGCGCUGCUGCCUUUCCGCUCUGUUUUCUCGAAACACGAGGGCUUAGCAUCCGCUGCAACCAACAGAGCGCGGAGAGCAGGCCCUGCGGCGGACGACCUACCGCCCUUGCAGACUCCCCCCGACGCCUUGCUUGAGGAGCUGAAGCAGCUGGGCCUGGAUGGCCUGAGAGCCUUGAUCUUCGUCCUUGCCAAGAUCUACCAGACGCCCGACAAUGCUUUCCAGGCAAUGAGUCCCGAGCACGCUCAGGCCACCGCGCUGGAUCUUGAGAAUCUCUGCCGCAGGCAGCUUGGUUAUGAUGUCGAGUCCCUGACCGGCGUGAAGCCCUUCCUGCUUUUCGCGGAGCUGGAUGAGCGGAGCAAUGGCUUUAUCACUGUUGAGGAUCUGGGUUGCAGCAGUUCAUCUCCAGAGAAGUCUUUGCCAUGCAGCUGCGCAGCCGUUGGCCACUCCUGUAUCUCCCAGGUCUGGAAGAUGGGCAGUGGCAGCGAAGGAGACAUAAGACGAAUGUCGAACUACAGCAGCGCCCUAUCCUCCGGCAUGAAGUCGAAAAAGGGAGCCAAGGUGGCCGCACCUGGCUUGAGGCGCCUGGAGCGACCUCGUGCUGGGACGGCCUCUGGAAGUGAUGAUGGGUCACGAACGACCCGAAGGGAAGCACAUCGACAGAAUGAUGCGAUUCGGAAGGAGCGGGAGAACCGAGAAAUGCAGGACACGCACCUGGACCUGGAGAGGGAGCGCUUUAUCACUACAGUGCAGAGAACCACCGUGCUACACCCAUUGGAUUACAACGUCUCGCGGAGGAUGUUCGAGGAGAUGGAGUCGAAGCAGCGGCUGGUGCAACGGCUGAGUGCGGAGGCAGAAGCCGCCUUUGCGAAGAGCCGCGGAAAAGUUGUAGAGGAAGAAGGUGACGAAGCACGUGUGCCGCUGCCUGACACCCAAAUCAGGGAGCCAAAGGACGCGGAGAAAUCUCAGAUGCCCAAGAAGAGCUCACCGAACACCCCACGAGCUCUUCUCGAGAUGUCACGGAGCCGCGGUUGCCGCGCAAACACUCCAGCCAAGCCUGUCCAAAAGGAGGCAGACAUCGAAUCCACCAGCAGCAAGCCACUCCCUCAGGCCAGGAAGCUGGCACUAGCACGUGAGCAGGCAGCUCGGCAGCCCAGCCCAGUCCGGACGCGAGUGGAAAUUGCGACUCUUGUGGUCGAUGCUCUCCGGCCGCGUGUGGCUGCUGGCAUUGGGGAUGGCCAGCUUGCUGUCUACUACUUCUUCCGUUCACAUGGGUCCAAGCGGAAGCAGCUUCACCAAAUCCAGGGAUUUGAUGCAUCCCGUCGCAUGGGAGACGUUGCGACAGCAUUGUACCUUCCGAGCCGGCGGCUUCUAGACGAUGGGGCCCUUGCAGUGGAAACGGUCCUAGCCGGAUUUGAGAGUGGGCGCGUGGCCAUCUUCAAGACUUUCUUCCCGGAAGAUUUCGUCACGGAGUCAAGCGACAAGACAAUGACCUUGGAAGAGGUCAUGGAAGAACGACAGGGGAUCAAGAGCCUUGCAAACGGCGAGCCGGUGUUGCAAGCACAAGAACCUCUCCUCCUGGAGCAUUACCAUUGUGACAGUCCGGUUGUCGCAUUGUUCUGGCAUCAGAUCAUGGGCAUUUUCAGCAUCUCGACGAAUGGUCGAGUGGUGGUGGCGGAUAGCUGUGGCGUGAAGACUUUCUCCAUCUCGGAGGCUUGCGGCCGAAAUGCCACGGCAACUUCUGCAGACAUGUCAACACAGCUGGAGCAGCUUGCAGUGGCCGGUCAGCGCGGCAUCCAUCUGUGGCAGACCCUGUCGCAGGCCAAGUACGGGGUGGUUGGCACGGUGCAGGACGGCGCGGAUGUCAACCCGGAGCAGAACAAUAACUUCAUGCUCGUGCGAUAUAUGCCGACCGGGAAGUUCCUCUUGACCCUGAGCCAGGACAAAGGUGAUGUCAAGCUAUGGGAUGCUCGUAGCCUGGAGUUGCAUUGUUCGCUGCGGCCUGGAGAGAGCUCGGUGGACUGUGCAUUCUGGGAGCCACGCUGGGAGACUCUCUUGAUGUUCACUGCGAGUGGCGUUACCGAGAUUGAGCUCCGGGAGCAACCGACCAAUCAGGAUGAAUUGGAAUUGGCCGGGGCUUCAAGGUCUUUGAGCCAAGCCAGGCCCGUUGAGUCUUUGAUCGGACCCAGGCAAAUCCACACCGCCAAUGUCCACAAGUCUGGCAAUGCUGCCAAUGCCGGCUGCCAAAUCGUCGAACUUGCAUUCCGGCCAGCAGGACAGGGGGCCCGGUUCGAGCGAAGGCCAUCUGAUCCCUUAGAUGAGAUGCAUCUAUGUGCAUUGCUGGCUCCCGCGAAGGCCGACCUGCUUGGAGAUGGCGGCGUUCCGUUGAGGCGGAACCGCCCUGCUACUGCUUCCCCGGCCCAUCCGGGAAGAACUGCGUCACCAGUGGGCCGCAACUCCCGGCCGCCUUCGCCCCAGCGGCCUUCGUCGCCUUCGCCUGCGCGAGAUGGCUACCCUCCAGCCCCGGGUGACCGGACGAAAAUCCGGUCACUCACAUCGCAUAUGCGACGUGAGCACAUGCUGCGGGUGCCCGAACCACAGUUGGGAACAUCCAACGAAGUGGUUGACUACGGCGGCGGCUCUUUGUUGAUAUUGAAGCUGAGUUGUUACACGUGGCUGAACUGCCUUCAGGAGCCGGUAUUUCCCCAGACACGAAUGUUUCAGAAGUUCUCCGUGAUCCGUGGCGAUGCCGCAUGCCGAAGGGAAGUCGCCGAGGUGCAAAGCCUCCAGCAGAACGAGAGGCGCCCUGCCCCGCCUUCGCCUGAGGAGCAGGAGCCCGAGGAUCCAGCCGAAAGGCCGUGCAAAUGCAUCGUCUGCCAGCAGGUUCCAGUCUUGACGCGGAAAGUGCCAGGCGUUGUUUUGAAUGGGCGGGAUACAGCAACGGAUGCACAGUUCUUGGUCGUGGUGAGGGACUUCAGAUCUGGAAGCACCAUGAGGAGCAUUGUGCCCUCUUUUUUCAGCUUCCAGAGGGGCCCGUGCUGGAGCUUGGUUCAUUCCUGCUGUUGUGCGAGGUGCCCCCGCAAUGCGCUCUCGAUGAGACGGGUCUUUGGCUGCCGCCCGAGCCUCGGAGGGAGCUUGCCUGUCAGUCCUGCCUUCGUGACGCAGGAUGUAGGAGAGUCGGUUCCCACCGUGGUCUCCGAGGAGCACGGCAGGAGACGCACCCCGCGGACCACGGCGCCAGAGCGCGUGCAGGAAGCUGCCGCUCACCUGGAGUUGGUUGUCGCCCGCCGAGAGGCGGAAGUUGCGGAGCUACGGGUCGAGGCGCAGAGAGCCAAAGCAGCUCUCGAAGAUGCUCAAGAAAAAGAGGAGGAGGAGGCUGCGUCUCAAGAGGCAGCGCAGGUGGCACUUGCCAAAGACUUGCAGGUGUCACUGCACGGAGAGAAGGAGCUCUUGGAAAGACUGGAUGCAGAGGAAGAAGAAGCCAAAGCAGAUGCUGCUUUGUGCGAACGUGCAGACUCUCAGAGGAGCAUUGCCUUGGCUGAGCUUCGCGAGCUGCACAGCCACCUUCAACCGCUUGAGGAGAUCCUUGCACGCGAAGAGGCGGCCGUGGCAGCUUUGAGGUCGGAGCUCACAGCAGGCCAGCUGCGUGCAGUGGCUUUGGCGCAAGAAGCAGCAGAGGCAAGCCGCAAGAAGCAAGCUUCUCUUGACGUCCGUGAACCGUUGAUUCACUACUUCGCUGGUCGCGCUUUCCAGGACUGGGAGGAGAAUCGAGCAGAUGGUCUUCGCAACAGGCUUGUCCUGAAGCGCUGCUUCCGACGGUUUCAGGCCAUCGGUGAGGCAGCAAGCAGGCUUUGCCACCGAGCAGCUGCUUUCGAACUUCGUCGACGUCAGCAGUUGACGAAGGAAUCCCUGGACUGUUGGAGGUUUGUCCAGGGAGACUGGCAAGUGGAGGAGCGGCUGUUGAUGCAGAUAAUGCGUGCCUGGGCCGAGCAACGUCUCGGCGCGACUGGGCGGCGCUUGCGCGCUCUCCAGCUACGCAGGUUGGCUUCCGAGAUAUGGGUUUCUUGGUCGAGGCUCGUACCAAAGCGACUGCCGACGGCUUGCUUCCUUAGCGUCGACUCGGUCAGCUUGCAGCCUUUCCAACGACUGAAUCGCGGAAGCUGCCUCGGUGCAUUCCGUGGCUGGAGCUUUCUGACCUGGCUCCGCUCCCGGCAAACGUCGCUGGCGAAGGGUUUCUGGAAGCGUCGCCGAGCAACAAACGUUGCAAGAGCUAUGUGGCAACUCAGGGCUUCGGUGACACAGCGGCGAUGCUGGCAUCGCUGUGCACCAUUGCUGUGGCGACUUUUCACCAUGCACCUCUUUUGCUGGCAGCGGCGCCAGCCAUUCGUUGGCUUCUUUGUCUGGCGCGGCGUGCAGCGGCGCUGCAAGCGUGGGCGGUCCAUGGCCAUGGAGAAGCUAUCUCAGUGUGGGCAGAGGGAAUCAUUGGCCUGGAGGAGGGAAGUUUGGAAGCGUUGGCAUGAUGUUUUGGCUGCGGGGUAUGCAGCCGUGCAAGCCGCUGCCAGCAGUCUCUCCGCGCGAAGAGCUCGGCACCGCCAACGACUGUGGUUCCUCUGGCUGCUCCGCAGUACCCGACUAUCAGCUUCCAUGCUGAGGUGUGUGGUUUGGCUUCGAACGUCUCGCUUGAAGUCCUGCUUUCAGCACUGGUGCAGACGCAUCUUUCAAGCUCGCCGUCUUUGCUGGUUGAGCAGACACAUGCGCCAUCGUCUCCUGCAAGUUGUCGUGCAGAACUGGGCAUCGCGAAGGCACAGACACAAAGUUCCGCGUGCUGCAGCGGAAGUUGGCCAGGCACAUCGACGAAAGUCACUGCAUCGCAACAUUCAUCUUUGGUUGUUGGCCUUUGAACGCAGGAGGCUGCAGGCCAUCUCCUUGCCGAGAGGAACGAUGAGAGCUCAGGCCCAUCAUUGCUUCCUGGCAGAGUUAGGUGCAGCUCGUGCGGCUGAGACGAAUCUGGCCGAAGAAGAAGCCAUGAUCUCGAAAGAAACAAUGUCCUUGCGAAGUGAACUGGUCCCUGCGGCUCACGACGCCGGUUUGGCGAGCCAUAAGGCGGAGCAAGCCCAGAUGGAGCUGCAGGUGCAGGUCAAGGCCUUGGAGGAGUUCGAAUGUGCCAAAGUGGAGCAGCAGCUUUGUGAGGUUCUGCGACUGAACGUGGAGUUAGCCCGCGGGUUUCGAGAGUCGGAAUCCUGCGUGGCAGCUGCUGCGAUGCGUCUCGAUGCUCUGUGCAGUUCGUCGGCGUCUCUACGGAAGCAGCUGGAUUCGGCUGAUCAACAGUACACGGCUGCAAUGGCCACACUGGUCGCAGAGGCAGCCUGGUUGAGGGAGACAUAG